AUGUACAGACACGCUUGCUCCGGGGCCAUCGUCGCCCUGGCCACAGUGUUUUUGGGCUCUGCCUAUGCAGAUCCAACUUACGAAUUUGCGUAUUGUGCCAGCUCCAACACAGCAACAACAUCGGCGACUACCUCGAUCUACCAGUCUCAGGGCCUCUGCUACGGCACAUGCAACGAUGAGGGCUAUGCUUUUGCCGUGUUGCAGGACAGCGACUGUUGGUGCUCGAACACAGUUCCCAGUUCUGAUGACCAGGUAUCGACAAGCAACUGUGAAACAUCCUGCCCAGGUUAUCCAAGUGACUAUUGCGGUGGUGAUGGCACAUACGGCUACAUUGCCCUGAGUGCCUCGCCUUCCAGCACAGCUGGAGAGUACAUCUCUGUCUUCCACUUCGCUUACCAGUGUCAAGUCUUCUAUAACUUCCACGUCUACUACGUCUACUACCGAUUCCGAGACCAGUUCAACAACAUCCAAAACCACCACGUCGAGCGAGAAAACUACCAGCGCAGGAACACCAACAACCAUUACAGCAGUCCAAACGCGGCUCAAUCGGACAGCUCAGGCCUAGGCAAAGGGGCAGUCGCAGGCCUGACCGUGGGAAUUCUUGCCGCGGUGGCCGCCUUUAUCUUCGGGGCAUUCAUGUUCCGCCGACACAAGAGGAAGCUGCGAGAGGAAGAGGAGCCAAUGACAGCCGCUUCUAUGGCGCACCGGCGCGGCAGUUCCGCAGGAAUCAUGUCAAAGACGGGCACGAUGUCUAGCAUAGGCUAUGGGAUGACGAUGGAUGAGGAGGGUAGUUACAGCUCCCCGAGCAGGAGACUGAGCAUGAAGCCCUUGGAUCCUCGGCUCGACCCCAAGGUGGGACUGUACCGCACCGCAAGCCACGACAGCUUCAAUACGAUCCGCGACGACCAGGACUACUCGCGAAGAGUGCAUCAGCCUCCGAGGGCAUUCCGCGUCACAAAUCCCGAUCCCGAGGACGACUAA